UCUUGCCUUGCUCUUCUCCGGCCAGGUUUGAGCUUGUUGAAGGAUCAAUUACUGACUAUUCUGGUUCCAGACCGGCCGCAAGAGAACCAGAUCAAGCAAUGCUGCCUCCGUAGGUUCCCCUCUCCUUCUUGCAGCCUGCAUUCAGUUCCAGACCUAACUGAAAAUACUGCAGAAAUCCAACAAGCGUUGCCGAAUGGGUGUUUCUUGGUCUGAUGACGAAACUGUGGAUGAGCAAGAGAGUUUUCUCGACGACUUCAAGUACGAGUGCAGUGACUCCGACGAAUUUAUCAAGUCAGAGACCGGAAACAGCGACGAUCCAGCCAAGAAGAAGCAUAAGAAUAGCGCCAGGCGCAAACACGGCGAACGUUGCCUCCCUGAUCCGAUUAUCAGCCGUGAUAAUGCCAUCGUCGGUCAACCAGAUCUAUCGAAAGUCUCCUUCACUCUCCAGACCGAACGACCUGACCUGAACAACCCCGGAUCAUACCUCCCAUCGGACCCGGUCCUCUUCGAGUAUACCCAGCCCAUCGAUUGGGACGACAAGACCUCAAUCGGUAAGCUCAAUUCCUGGCGUUACCAGGUAUUUAAGCGCACUUGGGGACAGAAGCGGGUAUCUCGCCCUCCGUGGACUAUCAAUGAGCAAACUAAGCUCCUCUCCCUCCUCGACUCUCAUUUGAAGUCUCCUUCAACUGGUGGCAGAUACUCGCACAUCCAGUGGCAGGAGAUCGAACGUGCCUUCAACUCCUUUUUCCAAAAUCAUACUCAUUUGAAGGGUGAGAUGACCGCCGAAACCUCGUAUAACCAACGAGGAAAAGAGAAUACCGCAAAGUCUCGGAUGCUUGUGGCUGACCGUCCACACCUUCAGCGCAGUGCUGGGGCCAUUGAGAACCAGUAAGUGCCCUCUCGAUCUAAAGUUUUGCUUCGGUCGUAUCUUCACCUCCAUGA